UUAUGAUCUCGUAUGAUCGACAAAUGGAUAAGAGAAAAAUAACAUACGAAUUGUCGAUAUUAAACAAUCAAGAUUAUUAUUAUUGCCUUGGGCCGAUUCACGUGGAGAAAAAAUCGACUAAUGUAAGCUGAUCUCGAUCACGAGGGAGAAGAUCUGACGUGGAAGGAGAGGAAGAAGGAGAGUUAAGUUGUUCUUUGAGAAGAGAAAAAGUGAGAAAGAAAUAGAGGGGAGUCAACAUGAUGUCGUCUAGCAUGGCACAGGAGACAACUACGACGAUAUCGGAUCUCACUGAACUAGACAGCGAUGGCGGAGGUUCCAGUUCGAAUGAACGAGAUUUGAGAAAGAAGAGUCUUCGUGUUGACGUAGACGCUGAUUUUGCUGGACCUAAGAAGAGACGAAAACAAACGACACCGGUAAGAUUUUCAUCGUCCUUGAUGAGUGGUCUGCAAGAUGAAUCAAACGAGGAUGAUGACGAGGAGGAGGUAGAGGAGGAGGGUGAAAUUGUUAGGGGAGUAGAAAGAAGGGUGGUGGUAGAGGAGGAGGAUGACGAUGUUGAUGACGAUGAUGAAGACGAUGAUAGGGAAGGGGGUAUGGAAGAAGGGGAGGUUAACACUGAAAAUAAACUGUCAGUUAGAUCAUUGAACAAUCAUCAUCAUCAUCACCUUCUUCAUCAUCAUCAUCUUCAUCACCAUCAUCAUCAUAAUCAUCCCUCGAUGGAAGAUGAAAAUCUUGACAACGACAUUCGUUGUCAAUAUUGCGGUAUGUUUCUCGAAACUAGAGAAAUGUUAAAUAUACAUUUGGACAACGAACAUGGCGGUGGGAACAAUCAAACUAGUGUUAUGUUACAACAUAGGUCGCCUGUUAUUAAAUUAGAACCUCCUUCUAAUCUGUCGGAUAGUCCCGUUAAUCUAUUGAGCGUUAAAACUUUCCCAUCUUCUUGGAUAAACCAACAACAACAACAGCAACAACAGCAGCAGCAGCAACAACAACAACAAAGCAUGCAAUCGCAAAGCGAAGAACCUUGGCCAGGGCCCUCUAAUCAAAUGCCAAUGAGUAAUCAUCAUUUGCAAACAUUAUCAGGAUUUCCAGGUGCUUUGGCAUCUUAUCUACCUCUGUCAACGUUUCCAUUGACCGAUCAUCCCGCGCAUAUUCCAAGAACAUCGAUAGCUCCAGCACCAGUUAGGAUCUUCAAUCCCGAGGCUUAUUGCGAUUUGUGUAAUAAAGAAUUUUGUAACAAGUAUUUCUUAAAAACGCACAAGGCUAACAAGCACGGUAUUUACGUGGAUUCACCUGGACCGAAUCCGAAUGAAAGUGCCAACAAUGUUCCUACACAAUUAUUUCCAAUCGGUGGUGGUAGUGGCGGUGGUAAUGGUGGUGGUGCUGGUAAUGGUGGUGGUGGAUAUUCAAGCAGCACGAUUAAAUUGGAACCACCUGCUACUCCACCGAUGCCAAGUGUACCAUGCGAAAUUUGUCAAAAACGUUUUAAAAAUGAAGAAUCAGUUAGGAAGCACAAACAAAAGAUGCACUCGAACAACGAUUCGUCGAUCGUUGAACAUGCAGAUCAAUCUUUACCUGCAUCUCAAAGCGAAGACGACAGGGAAACACCUCGUAGCAGUCCUGGUGGUAUGGAAACACUUUUUAAACAAGACUUUGGCAUGGAACAAGAGGAUACGACGUUUAUGCCAGCACCUAGACACCUGUCACCUCAAUCCAUUCAACAGGCACGCGAUUCUGGAUUCAACGCUGAUCGUCUUCGUCGUUUGGGUGUCAUCAAUCCUGACGCUUUUUGCGAAAUAUGUUGCAAGGAAUAUUGCAACAAAUAUUUCUUACGUACGCACAAAUUGAAAAGACACGGUAUUGUGAUACAAGACAACGAAAAAUCACCAAACAAUCCGGCAGCAGCAUUGACCUGGCAUCAGGUACAAACAAGCCCAUUGAAUUUGAUCGUAACCGAGUCUGCAAAUGGUUCGGAAUCGAACGAUCGUACCAAUGACGAUUACGAGUGCAAACCAUGUGGAAUACGAUUCCAAACUAUCGGACUUUAUCAAGCACAUUGUAGAAAGAUGCACGAGAACAACGGUGAACAACAGCAUUCACCUAAACAAGAAUUUGAACAGGACACGUCGCAGGAUCAACGCACCGAUUCCAUAUCCGAGGAUCUUCAAAAACUUCAAACGAUGAUCCUACAAUUAAAUGGCUUGGAUCAAUCAGUAAUCGGUAAGGUGUUACAAUCGUGUAACGUAUGUGGAAAAGAAUGCGAAUCGAGAUCAGCGUUAAGAAUUCACAUGGCUACGGAACACGGUACCGUACCGGAUAAUCCACUGUCACCUGGUCAAGAAAAAUCACCUAGUAAUACGAACGUAACAGCAUUUUGUACGUUGUGCGAAAAGGAUUAUGUAAAUCAAGAAGCAUUGAAGAAGCAUAUCGUUGAAGAACAUCAAGCGAAUUUACCAAAUCCGUUGUUACAAGUACCAACUACCAGUUCAACUAGUUCGAUCAUUAAUUCAACGACCAAUCCUACGACACCUACCAGUAAUAAUCAAACGCAAUCGGAUAAAAAGAUUGCAUCCAUGACACCUACUUCGAGUUAUUGCGUCAUUUGCAACAAAGAAUUGUGUAACAAAUAUUUUAUGAAAACGCAUAUGCAAAAGAUGCACGGCAUCCAGAUUGAAAACGGUGCACAAAUAGGUGGCGUGAUAUGUAACAUUUGUAACAAGGAAUUGUGCAGUAAAUAUUUCUUAAGAGUACAUAAACACAACAGUCAUGGUAUAGUCAACGAAAAUACAUCAUCAUCCUCAUCUGCCAAACAGGAAUCAUUCGAUGCAUCCAGUUCCGAGGAUGCAGCAUUGAAACCAGAACAAUUGGGUGAUCUAAGUCAUCGUUAUUUUACGUAUUUUACCGAAGUAUGUCCAUUUUGCAGUAGAAGGUUUCGAAGUAUCAAAUGGUUAAAAGCACAUUUAUUAAAUGAUCAUGGAAAAAAUGGUGUUGAUAAAUGGCGCGAAAUUGAACAACAAAAUCAAACGUCUACAUCGAAAAGUAACAAUCGAUCUACCACCACCACCACCACUGCUAACUCGUCCAAAUCAAUCGCACCAAUCGCACAAGUAUCCAAUUUGAAGAUACCAAAUGGUUUUGAAUUACAACAACAAAACAAACCAACCGAUUUAACGGGCUUAGGUAAUCAAGUAUUGUCAAAUUUAUUUGGCUCAUCUUCGGACGAUCAACAAAUGAAAAAUUAUCGUUGUUCAUAUUGCAAUUUUUCUACCACAGUAUUACCAUUUUUAUUUUUACACGAAAGAUCUCACGUUAAUCAACCGGAAAAUAUUGAAAGUGAUAGUAAUAAUACAUUACAAUGUCCUAUUUGUUCACAAAGAUUUCAUCAACCUGAACAAUUGCAUCAACAUUUGUUAACGAGACAUCAAUUUUCUGCAUUGCUAACGCAAUUUCAAAUACCACCGAUACUUCAAACGCCUAAUAUUGUUGAUCAUCAAGAAAAACUCGGUAUACAUUUAGAUCCUAAAGAUACGAAAUUAGAAGAAAUGAAAGAAGACAACAAUGUGAUCAAUCAAACGCAAAUCAAUCAUCAACCAAUACAAACACAAUCGGAACAACAAAUGAUAAAUCCUAAAGUUCAAGAAGACAACAAUCCGGUCCAAGUUACCCCACACGGAACAUUCAAAUGUGCUCAAUGCGGUUAUGCAACUACCAAUGUAAACAGGAUUAGAAGGCACGUUAAAAAGGAUCACACGGCUAUCGGUGAUCCAACUGACAGCGUAAUAGCUGAACUUAGUAAAACCUUAAAGGAUAUUGCCAACAGACACAAAGUACCAGCUUGUUAUGCCAUGCCACAGGAUACUAAUGUAAAUAUUGAAAAAACAAUAAUGCAACCAUUUUUGAUAGAUGAACAACAGGAUCCGUCAUUGGUUAACAAUGACGAUUCUAAUUCGGAAAAACGAUUUACACCUGCUCUCGUUUAUUUACCUGUUAAAUCACGAAUCAGCAGUGCGCUUACCGCAUCUUUCAAUUUGACGCCUGCUUAAGAAAAAAAAAAAACAAAACAAAAAGGAAAAUCAUAUUUUUAAGGACGAAAGAAAAUUUACUGAAACAUAGUUUUGCUUCCUAUUUUAACACGUUCCGUGCCACGUGUAUCUCUGGUGGUACACGUGUUAAACUUGUUCAUCAGGCCACGUAUACCACCGGUGGUACACGUUUAAUCUAUCAACAAUAUUUUUACUAAAUAAUUGAUGCAUUAUACAAAAUGCAUUAUAGAAGAACCAAGCACAUUAAGUUUGUUUAAUUGUUAUAUUAUUAUUUACAAUAAUUAAUAAUUACAUGGUAAUAGGGUUGGUUUUGUUAAAGCAAAAUCAAAUAGCCUGAACGACAAGUCAAGUGUGUUAAACAACACAUUUUUUUGUUGGUUUUUGUUUAUUUUCUUUUGAUUUAACGUGAAAAAAAAAAUAGGAAGAAAAAUAUGAUGCAAAUAUUAAUCAACUCAAAUGCGAUCUGAAAGCACGUGGUAUCGGUUCCUAUUUAUUACAACUACUAUUUACUACUGCUACUACUAAUAAUAAUAA